GCAUAUAAUCACCACAAAACACAAACACAAGCACAUAUGUUUACAGGAUAAAAUUUACACGUGCAUAUAUACACAAUGUGUUGGGUUUAUGUUUGUGGUGAAGAAGAGAGAGAAUUGGGUCGACAACAAGUGGGAGGGUCGUGUCCUCAUUGCAAAGCGAAGGUAGACAUGGUAGAUUUCGAGUGCAAAAGGAAGUUCUGCUUUCUUCCCGUUUGCCUUUUAGUCAAGAGGAGAUAUAUCUGCACUCACUGCUCCCGCCACUUGGUCUUGUACUCCUAGUCCAUAUAAAUGUUUGGUAUGUGGUACUGUAUUAAGCUCGACUCAACUGUAUAAAAAGAAUUAUUAUUUAUUA